AUACAAGGAAAUGUCAUUAUUUAUCGUAUAUUUAUAUUUCCCUCUCUCUAUUUAUCGUAUCUUUCUCUCUCUAUUACAGCGACCCAUUCUCGAUCUCAGGCGGAGAACCCUAGCCCUUGUUCAGGGCUUGUUCGUAGAUCUAGAUUGGGCAUAUAGAUGGGUUGAGCAAGAACUUGACACAUCAUAUGUUGCUUCAAUUGUUUUUCUGCUGGCUUUGAUGGAUAGUGACGCUGGAUUGGGUUUCCGUAACUGGGGUUACAUCGAUCAGCCUUUGAAGCAGACUCUAGGGCUACAGUUGAUGUCAUCAGUUGCUGACCGUGACAUUUUAGCGAAGAAAUCAGUCAUUCAAACCUCAAAUUACCCCACUAGGAAUCCCUCUAUUCCGGAAUGUGGGGUACCUAUCUCUUCUUCAAUGGAGUUUCCUCGAGAUAAUUGGAUGAACCAGAGGGAUUUACCCCACACUGCGAAGCAUUUCGAAAUGUUCUCAGGCAAUCCCAAUUUCGAAUCGAAGGAUUACUCAUCGGUUUUACCGAAUCCCCAAACCAAUAACAACCAUGUGUUGCCAAUUAUGCCUCCUGAAAUGCCCCAACCAAACCAGGUCAUGCCUCUUGAGAACCCCCCACCAGUUAAAACUGAGACUCAAUCAAAGAAAAAGCAGGGAAAUCGAACCCUCAAGGUUCAAAAACCCAAGAAACCGAAGGUGAAGGCCCCGAAAGAGGAUCAAAAUGGGGCUCGAACCUCUACUAAUAAGUCUGGUAAGAAGAACUGGAAUGCUGUUAUAAAAGGAAUUCCAGUUGAUAUUGCUGGUAUUCCUAUCCCUGUUUGCUCAUGCACUGGGGUAGCUCAACAAUGCUAUAGAUGGGGGUGUGGAGGGUGGCAGUCGGCUUGUUGCACAACACAGAUGUCAAUGUAUCCUUUGCCAAUGAGCCAGAAGAGGCGUGGAGCUCGCAUAGCUGGGCGCAAGAUGAGUGGUGGAGCUUUCAUAAAGGUUUUGGAGAAGGUUGCGGCUGAUGGACACGACCUUAGUAAACAGAUAGAUUUGAAGACCCACUGGGCAAAGCAUGGUACCAACAAGUUUGUUACAAUUAAGUAGAGUUAGGUGUGUUGUUGCCUUGUUGGCCUUAACUAUCUUUUGUCUUGGUAGGUUCUAUGUUUUGUUGGUCUGCUUCUUUUGCCGUUUUCUUUGCAUUGUACAUAAUGGUAGAGCCUCUGUAAGUUAAUUUCAGGAUUAAUAUGGGCCGCCGUUCUCUUAGUUAUGUUACUGCGUUAAAUUUGAGACAUUGGGAUAUUUGGAAAGCCAUGAUUUAUAGAGUCUGACCGAUGGACUGAAAGUUAAUGAAUUGGAGUGUCUUUUUUUUUUU